AUGGGAAGCCUUGAGAAACCUCGCAGAACGGGUCCUGCGCACAUUGGGGAGCACUUCACGCCUACCAUCCAUCAUGACACGUACUCGGCCAUUGAUGUCUCGCACAGCGUGGGCAUGGUGGGCAAGCACGUCUUUCUGACGGGAGCCUCACGAGGCAUCGGCAAGUCCAUGGCCAUUGCCUAUGCCAAGGCCGGAGCCUCGAUCAUUGGUAUCUCAGCCCGCUCGGAUCUGGGGGCGGUCAAGAAGGAGAUUGAGGACGCUGCUGCCUCGGUUGGCCGCGAGGUGCCCAAGGUGGUGACGGCCAACAUGGACGUGUUGGACCCGGAGAGCGUGCAGCGGGCUGUCGAGAAGAUGACGCCAGAGUUUGAGGGGCGACUAGACAUCGUGAUCAGCAACGCAGGCUACAUGGAACCUUGGACCAACAUGAUCGAGGCCGACGUUGAGGAGUGGUGGCGGUCCUGGGAGGUCAACAUCCGCGGCCAGUUCGUCACCUGGAAGGCCGUGUUGCCGUUGCUUCUGACAGACAACUCGAGCCUCAAGACGGUCGUUAACAUGUCGAGCAUCGGCGCGCAAAUGUGUGUUCCUGGAGCCAGUGCGUACCAGACGACCAAAUUCGCACUGUUGCGUCUGACCGACUUCAUCAAUGUCGAGUACGGCGCCCAGGGCGUGAUUGCGUACUGCAUGCACCCGGGUGCCGUGCCCACAGAGCUGUCCUGGAAGAUGCCCGACUUUGUCAAGGUCAACCUGAUUGACACGCCCGAGCUCAUGGCCGACACGGUCGUGUACUUGACGCAGAAGCGGCGCGAGUGGCUACGGGGCCGGUACCUGUCGUGUAACUGGGACAUGGCUGAGCUGAUGGACAUGCAGUAUGAGAUUGUGGAGACGGACAAGCUGAAGAUGAGGAUGGUAGUUUAG